AUGGCUGGAGCAACUGAUUUUACGUAUCCGACUCCUUCACGCCGCUUCGUUGUUACAACCAACGAUGAGCAACUAAGCAUUAUGCUAGGGAAAGCUGUCUUCCACGAACAAUUCAAAAUAGUACUAGAAUGGCUAUAUACUCAUGGUUCACACGAGAGCGGAAAGAAGGACGUACGAAUUGCACUCUACGACGAGUCGUCAAAAACGGUGCACAUGGUGUGGGUACUUUCCAAUGCGUUUCCAAUAUCAACUGCAGGGCCUUCUUUGGAUGUGCCUAGUAACCAAGUGGCCUGUAAGGAGAUCUUCUUGAAAGGAGAUAGGGUUAUGAUUCAACGUAUGGAGGGUGAGACUUAG